CUUCCGAAGGCGGGAGAACAAGAGUAGAAGAAAGUCAAUUGCCCUAACGAAACUCUCAUCAAUUAUUGUCUAUCUAGACGAGAACAAUUCAACAUGGACGACAGCGACAGUCAAUUCAAAGAACGCAAAGCUGUUUCGGCUGGCACUUCAACUCAACGGCUGGAAAUUGAUCCCGUCAGAGAGAAGCAGUUGGUUCGCAAACUCGAUCUUUCAAUCAUCCCACCAGUCACACUAUUAUACCUAUUCAGCUUUCUGGAUCGUGUCAACAUAGGCAAUGCUCGUCUCUAUGGACUGGAAGAGGACCUUGACUUAUCAUCGGACAAAUACCAAACAGCUGUCUCAUUACUUUUCGUCACAUACCUACUCUUCGAAGUUCCGUCAAACAUCAUUCUGAAGCAUUACUGUCGACCAUCACGAUGGAUAGCAUUCAUUUCCGUAUGCUGGGGAAUCAUCGCGACUUUGACUGGCAUCGUUCAAUCUUUCGGAGGCCUUGUCGCUUGCCGUUUACUUCUCGGUCUCUUUGAGUCAGGUCUUUUCCCUGGACUGGCAGUAUAUCUUUCCUUCUUCUACACUAAGAGAGAAAUUGGACUGCGCAUUGGCUAUCUUUUUGUUAGCGCAGCACUCGCUGGUGCAUUCGGAGGCUUGCUAGCUUAUGGAAUUGGUCACAUGGAUGGAGUCGCUGGACAAGCAGGAUGGCGUUGGAUAUUCAUCAUUGAAGGCAUACCGACCUUUAUCCUUGGAAUCGCAUGUUGGUGGUGGCUAGCUGAUGGCCCGGAAACCGCUUGGUUCUUGACUUCCGAAGAAAAGAAGCUCAUGGAGAUCCGUCGUCUGCAGCAGAUCGGCGUGACUGAUGAGUUUGCCUGGCAGGAUGUGCGCGCAGGUCUCAAAGACUGGAAGAUGUGGGCAUUUUGUUGCGCGCUCUUCGGUGCUGAUACUAUGCUUUACGGCUACUCGACUUUCCUGCCCACCAUCAUCAAGAACAUCGAUCCCACCUACUCCAGCGCGUUGGUCCAGGUCCUCACAAUUCCUUGUUACGCAGUUGGUGCCAUCAGCUACCUCAUCAUGGCUCGCAUAUCGGACUGGUCGCAGAAACGCGGCGUCUAUACUGUCAUGUUUGGCAUCGUUUCAAUCGUCGGCUAUGCAAUGUUGAUCUCCGACGGCGGACCUGGUGUACACUACGCAGGCUGCUUCCUCGUCGCAUUAGGCCUUUACGUCGCAGUCGGUCUUCCCAUCGCCUGGCUUCUCGCCAACAACCCGCGUUUCGGCAAGCGCACUACAGCAACCGGUCUGCAACUCAUGUUCGGCAACUGCGCUGGCAUCAUGUCUAGUUUCCUGUACCCAAAGGAAGAAGGUCCUCGUUUCAUCAGAGGCCACGCUGUUUCGUUGGGCAUGGUUUCUUUCGCCAUGAUUGUCUAUGCAUUCAUGUGGUGGUUCUUCAGCCGUGAGAACAAGAAGAGAAUCAACGGCGAGCGAGAUUCGAGGAUUGAAGAUUUGAGUGAGGAAGAGAUUGCUGAUUUGGGUGACGAGAAUCCCAAGUUCUUGUUCUCUAUCUAGGCACUUUAUCUCUCUGUACUCGGUCUUGUUGCGUCGAUUCUUCAGUUUGAUAGAUACGUCACAUUAAACUCAUCACAAUGCACAAUCAUACCCAACUCGUCCACAGAGAAGACGAUUCGACCUUUUGUCGUUGGACCAUGUCGGCAAUGCAAAUGAUCAUAUGA